UGCACAGAGCUGAUGAUGUGAAAGAAAGUCAAUGGAGAAGUCCAACGACAGCUCUGAGUAUGGUUUCAUCUUAGAAGGCUUCUCUGAUCGCCCUCGCCUGGAGAUGGUACUCUUCAUAGUAAAUUUUACUCUAUAUUCGAUGGCUGUGCUGGGAAAUAUAACCAUUAUCCUGGUGUGUAUAUUGGACCCUCGGCUUCACACUCCAAUGUACUUCUUUCUGGCAAAUCUUUCAUUUCUGGAUCUCUGCUUCAGUACCAGCUGCAUCCCACAGAUGCUGGUAAACCUCUGGGGCCCAGACAAGACCAUCAGCUAUGCUGGCUGUGUGGUCCAACUUUUCUCCUUUCUGUCGAUUGGCAGUGUAGAGUGCAUCCUUCUGGCUGUCAUGGCUUAUGACCGCUAUGCUGCCGUCUGCAAACCUUUGCACUAUAUGGUCAUUAUGCACCCACAGCUGUGUGUGAGGUUGAUGGCUGUGGCCUGGGGGGUUGGACUCGCCAAUGCCAUCAUCAUGUCACCACUAGCAAUGACCCUGUCCAGAUGUGGCCGCCGGAGAAUUAAUCAUUUCCUUUGUGAACUGCCAGCUCUGAUCAAGAUGGCCUGUGUGGAUGCUCGCCCAGUGGAAAUGUUGUCCUUCACUUUGGCCAUCCUUAUUGUCCUGCUACCCCUUACUCUGAUCCUUGUCUCCUAUGGUUACAUUGCUGCAGCUGUGCUGAGGAUCAAGUCGGCUGCUGGGAGAUGGAAAGCCUUCAACACCUGCAGCUCCCACCUCACUGUGGUCUCCCUGUUCUAUGGAAGUAUCAUCUAUAUGUAUAUGCAGCCUGGAAACAGCUCUUCCCAGGACCAAGGGAAAUUUCUCACUCUCUUCUAUAACUUGGUGACUCCCAUGCUGAAUCCACUCAUUUACACUUUAAGGAACAAGGAAAUGAAAGGGGCACUGAAAAAGGUUUGUGGGAGGCACUGAGGGACAGAAGCAAAC